AGUUCACAGAAAUAAACAUGGCGGGUGACAACACAUCCACCGGUUUGGAAAAUUAUUUGCACUUCAUUUUCCCUCAGCCAUGCUAUGAUGAGUAUUUUGUGAAAUUUAAUUUCUUUCACGCCCAAUGUUUCAACAUAGUGCUUAGCAAAGCACUAGGAUACAGUAUUAUCUUAGGAGCUGUUAUGGUGAAGCUUCCCCAGAUUGUGAAGAUUCUGAAGGCAGGUAGUGGGGAAGGAAUCAGUCUGGCCGCUGUCCUGUGUGAACUCUUUGCCAUCUCAGCCACCACCACAUACGCAUUCGCCAUGAGCUUCCCAUUCAGUGCCUAUGGUGAGGGUCUAUUCCUGACAAUACAGACCAGUACAAUUGCCUUCCUAAUCCUAUUCCUGGGUAGUAAUGCUGUUGCGGCGUUGCUAUUUGCAGCCUCCUAUAUAGGAAUCAUGGCUUAUCUACUGUCAGGACUGUGUCCGCUGCCAAUUUUAGGGGCAUUACAGAGCAUUAAUAUACCAAUAGUGAUACUUAGUAAGAUGCUGCAGGCCGUGACUAAUUAUCGUAAUGGCGGUACGGGUCAGCUGUCUGUGGUGACGGUCUUCCUGUUGUUUGCAGGGUCACUAGCCCGAGUCUUCACGUCCAUCCAGGAGACCGGAGACAAUCUAAUUAUCAUCACAUUCAUCGUAUCAACGGUCUUCAAUGGACUGAUAUUUGCUCAGAUUUUAUAUUACUGGAAUGCCAAACCCAAGAGGGAAUAAAACGCAAAUCAAUCCAUUUCUGAAAUACAGCAGU